UGAGUGCAGGAUCACCUGUCCUGACGGUUGAUGAAGAGGGUUGCACACUGAGCAUUUUGCCCACACAAAAAUGUAACCUAAAUUAACCACAGUGGGAGAAAAGCGAUGGUGGUGUGAGUGUAGUGCAGACGUGUUACAAGUGAUGUGACAAGUGGGAGGUGUAAGUGUUAAGUGUGGUACAGUGAGUGGGGCCCCCGGGAGGAGGUGUCGUCCCCCAGGCAUGGAUAUGGCCCAUUGCGUACUACCAUGUUGAGCAGUAAACACUACCCAGUUAUUUGCAUGUCCACACCACAAGUAGGAUGAAAAAAAUGUUUCCCGCGACGUCCAACACAGACUCGCAAGUAUACAACUUCGACAGUGAGGAAAACUCCCAGAAAUGGAAGCGUUUGUUCCUGAGUUCUCUUCAGGAGGUGCUGAAGCAGGUGCAUCCGACAUUAGCAGCCAAGGAUGAUGCACUGGAGUACGUGGAGAGUCUCAUCUUGCGGCUGUUGGCUAUGUUGUGUGCUCGGCCUGCCCCUCACACGGUCCAGGAUGUGGAGGAAAGAGUACAGCGAACAUUUCCAAACCCAAUUGACCGUUGGGCAAUUGGUGAUGCUCAAGCGGCGAUCGAGAAAGCAAUUGAAAAGGGGCGCAAGAAGUCGCCCCUUGUCUUACCUGUAGAUAAGGCCCACCCUUUGUUACGAGAUGUUCUUCAGACAAAGAUUGAUUAUCAAGUAACAUUGUAUAUAGUUGCUGUUUUAGAGUAUAUAUCUGCAGAUAUAUUAAAGCUUGCUGGGAAUUAUGUCAAAAACAUUAGACAUAUUGAGGUGACCCAACAAGACAUCAGAGUAGCCAUGUGUGCUGACAAGGUGCUUAUGGACAUGUUCCAACAAGACGAAGACGGGGAGAUGAGUGGCGUUGGAGAGGACACAAACCUUGACACAUCCAUCACCUACGAUGAACUCGUCAAGGACCUCAUACAGGAGAAGAAGACCUAUAUUAGGGAACUCAAUAUGAUCAUUAAGGUAUUUCGAGACAAACUGCAACAGAUUCCAUCAUUACAAGAGAGCGGUAUUAGAGAACUCGAGAUAAUCUUCUCCAACGUCACGGAGAUUUACGAUUUCUCUGUCAACUUCCUCGGCUCUCUGGAAGACACUGUGGAAGUUACCGAAGAAAACGAAUCUCCGGUUAUUGGCAUCUGCUUUGAGGAAUUGGCUGAGGGCGCCGAAUUCGACGUGUAUGCGAAAUAUGCGAGCGAUGUCUUGCGGGCGGAGUGUGCCGAGACGCUGAUGGAGGUGGUGAGCAGACCUGACGUAAGCGACGCCCUCACCAGCGCUGGCCACGGCUUCAAGGAGGCCGUCAAGUACUACCUGCCCAAACUGCUUCUUGUACCUGUGUAUCAUGUCUUUACCUACUUUAAGGACAUUGAGAUGUUGCUGAGUAAUACAGAAUCUGAAGAAGGACGGGAGAGCCUUGAACAAGUGAAGGGGCUCUUGUGGCCGCUUCAGAGUCAGUUAGAGCGCAACAUACAGAACUCUGUGUAUGCUCCUUACCUCAAGAGAAAAAUAGGGGAAAUCAAUUUACGUCAUAGACGGCAAAGUAGACAACAAACUUUAUUAAAGAUGAAAGACUUACAACGGUCUAUAGACGGCUGGGAAGGCAAGGUCAUCACCCAGUGCUGCAAUGAGUUUGUUUUAGAGGGAGACCUGUUGAAGCUGGGAGCCACCGGGAGGAAGCAGACCGAGCGUCACGUCUUCCUCUUUGACGGUUUAAUAGUCCUCUGCAAGAGCAAUAACAGGAGAUCAUCAGUCACAGGCCAGAUUGGAGAAUAUAGAUAUAAGGAGAAAUUCUUAAUGAGAAUGGUGGAGAUCCUUGACAGAGAAGACACAGAAGAGGUGAAACACUCUUUUGAGAUUCGACCGAGGGACCAGCCCAGUGUGGUGCUACUUGCAAAGUCUGCAGAAGAGAAGAACACCUGGAUGGCUGCUCUCGUCAUGCUCAACACUCGCAGUAUGUUAGAAAGAACCUUAGACAGUAUACUACUUGAUGAGGAGAAGCAGCAUCCCUUGAGACUCCCAGACCCUUCAGUAUAUCAGUUUGCCAUCCAAGACUCAGAGUCGAAUAUCAUCAUCGAGGAGAAGGAAAACUCAGGGACUCCGCUCAUUAAGGGAGCAACUCUGCCAAAACUGGUCGAGCGGUUAACAUACCACAUGUACGCGGACCCAAUGUUUGUACGCACAUUUCUUACAACUUACCGGAGUUUUUGCACACCAAUGGAAUUGCUAGACCUGUUGAUACAGCGCUUUGACAUACCUGAACCUGAACUACCGCCUGUGAGCGAAGAGGAGCCGCAGGAGGUGAAGAACCAGCAGACCUCUAUACACAGAGAGAUUCUUAAGCGCUUUCGCAAGGAGUAUUCACAACCAGUUCAGUUUAGAGUUUUAAAUGUUUUACGUCACUGGGUAGACUACCACUUUUACGACUUUGAACGAGACAAGACACUGCUGGACAACCUCACGAGUUUCCUGGAGAAGGUUAAGGGAAAGUCAAUGCGGAAGUGGGUGGAGUCCAUCACCAAGAUCAUCCAGAGGCGGUGUAAUGAGGAACAGAGAGAGAUCACCUUCAGCUUAAACAAGUCACCUCCCUCCCCCAAGUGGCACAUCAGAUUAGAAGAGAAGGACUGGGAGGCCAUUCUUCCCAUCAGUGCUGGAGGAACUACCACAAAUCCUGACCUAGUAAGACCACUGCUGAUGCUUCAUCCUAUAGAAAUUGCCCGUCAGCUCACAUUGCUGGAGUUUGAACUGUACAGAGCGGUGAAGCCAUCUGAACUAGUGGGGACGCCAUGGACCAAAGAAGACAAAGAAAAACGCUCACCAAACUUGCUCAAACUGAUCUACCACACAAACCACGUAACGCGGUGGUUCAUGCGGUGCAUCGUGGACUCGGACAACUUUGAAGAGCGCGUGGCUGUGAUGUUGAGGGUCGUCGAGAUCAUGGUGAUGUUUCAUGACCUCAACAACUUUAGUGGAAUUUUUGAGGUGUCCAGUGCACUUGGGUCAGCAGCUGUCCACAGACUAGAGCUUACCAAAAUGGAGGUAAGAAAACGUCUUCCACUGGGCCAGCUGAAGGUCUUUGAAGAAGCAUCUGAACUUAGUGAAAACCAUUGUAAAAAGUAUCAAGAAAAACUUCGAUCCAUCAACCCUCCAUGUGUCCCAUUCUUUGGGAUGUACCUGACCAACAUCUUGCUCAUCGAAGAGGGUAACCCCGACUUCCUCCCUCGGGCUGCGGAAGGUCUCAUAAAUUUCUCCAAGCGACGAAAAGUGGCGGAGAUCACCGGGGAGAUUCAGCAGUAUCAGAAUCAACCUUACUGUUUGGAGAUGGAGCCGCGCAUUAGACACUUCCUGGAGACGCUACACCCCUUCGACACGGAGACCGAAAACGACAUCUCCAACUAUCUGUACAACAGGUCGAGGGAGAUUGAGCCCAAGAACUGCAAAAAACCGCCAAUGAAGGAUCGCAAAUGGCCCAACAUCAUCCUCAAGUCCCCGGGCAUCAAAACCCGCAACAAGGGAAUGGUUCCUCCUCUACCAAUUUUGUUCCAGCAGUCUGAGAGAGGAGGAUCUAAACCUGUGGAGGGAGAUGGGGAAGACACUCCUCCACAAAUGUUGACGCCUCCCACUCCCACCUCCCCCUGCACUCCAACGUCACAACAGUCACAUGCACCACACACAGCCGACAAUGCCAUCUUUGCACCUGUAGAGAUUGGCACUGGCAAUGUAUUAUCAAGUGCGACUGAGUUCCGAGGGAUCAUCAGUGGGUUUCCCAGCAACUUCCUGCCGCCUCAAGCACCACCACCGCCACCAGCAUCUCCACAGGCUCCUCCACCUCCACUACCACCAAGAGUACGCAAAAGAGAACCCUCUAUUGGGGACACGUCACCCAAGGUGAAACAGGCACCAGAUGCUCCUGAAUUACCCCCACGGGAUGUUUCCCCGCCUCCUAUUCCACCACGUACAGCCACGCUGCCCCGUAUGCAUUCUUCAGGGGGGCUGCAACAUGGUCCCACACAUCAUCAUCAUGCACCAAUAGGACAUCCUUUACAUUCUGGUAGUCUUCACCAUCCACCCUCUCAUCACCAUCACACACACCAUCAUCGGCAAACCCCUCCAUCAUUGUUAGCUCCUCCACCGCCCCCUCAACAGUACCAGUUGGAUCCACCUCCGCACCGUCGCAACAACUCAGUGGACCUGUCCUCACCUACUCCCCUCGCACGAAGACACACUAAUGGACCUCAAACAGUUUUCUUCGCAGGGCUACCAGGAAGUAGCAUGAACGACACUCCAACCGACCCCAAUGACCACCCGCCCACGCCACCUCCAAGACUCUCCAACCGUCAAACAUUCUCUUUCUCUUAUGAGCAGCACCACUCCUAGACCCAGCCCCUCAGCCGUGUAGUAGAUAUGUUACCUGGCCACUUAGGAGCCCUCAUGUAUCUAAGCUUUGUUAUGGCUGCAAGAUAUCCUAGUAUUUUACUUUUUUAUUAUAUUAUGGUUUUUUUUUAUACAUACCUGUAUUUGCUUACCUAUUGUACUGAACCCAUUUAUAAUCUUUUAGAUUACAGCUGAAAGUUUAAAAUGAUAAGAGAAAUCAAUUUGUAACACUGCCAAAGAAAGUUUUGCUACCUUAGAGCUCUGUCACAGUGCCCAGUGUUUCCAUAACUGCAGGGGAAUUCCUUUAUUUCACAAUCUUUAUCUCAUGAAAUAGUAUUUUUUAGGACUUUUGUGUGGGUAUGUAAGUGACUCUCAAGCUCAGGAGUAAAUCUUGCAGGAUGACAGUCACUGCCCUCCUGUACAGGUGAUCCUGUCAAUCAUGUAAAGACAAUUUUUUAGAAAAUAAAUUUUAUUAAACUACUAAACCCAUUCAAAAGCAAAUGUUUUUGAAGGAGAAACACCAAGACACUGGUUGAAGAGAAUAAUUCAAUUCUUCUUAUUUAUAAAGAGACGAGCAGUAAAAUAUACUUCUUGCAUAUUCUAUUUCUGCAGUAGGUAUAAAGCUUUUCUAUAAUACAGUACUGCAUUUAAUAUUGCCAGUCACUAAAUUUGUGUAAGAGUGCAGUUAUUACAUUGUUCUCAUUAUAAUAAACACUGGGCUUUGUUGUUUUCUAUCAAUGAGGAAUUAAGAGGCCAAUUUCGUCUUGACAAAACAUGAAAAUACUUUUAAAUAAUUUUCCAUAAUUAUAAGUAAUUGGCAACUAAAUUUAUUUCAAAUGUCGGUAUUGCAAGGGUUAGGUGACUUAUAUAAUGUAAUUGGGUUCUUUUUAACAUUGCUAUUUAUGGGCCAUCGGACACAGUGACAGUCAACCCUUGCUUAUACAACAUUCAUACUGUAAUGCAUUUAAAGCUGCUUUUUUUUAAUUAUAAUUUUAUGAACAGUAAACCAUGAUUGUGGGGAGAGAGAGAGAACACAUGUAUGGUGUGGUAAAGAAAAGAUGGGAUUUUAUAUUUAGUUUUUGGGAACUAAAAAGUUCUCUUGUAGAUUUUAGUUCUUUUACUUAGUUAUGACCAGUCAUAAAUUGGUAAUUCACUUGAGGAUCCAUUUUAUAAUUAAAAUGAUUUUAUAAAUUCUUAGCAGUGCUAUAAUGUAUGAUUAUUCAUAUAUUGUUAUCAGUAUGUAAACUAUAGUAUAAGCAAGGUAUGACUUUACCAAGGUGAAAGAGUGAUGAUAAGUCAUAACAAUAGUCUAGUAUUUCUAGUUGCUGCUAUGCUCGUUUCCAAGUAGACUUCAGUAGGUUGUACGCAGUUGCUCAAAAUAUCUAUUUCCACCUUAAUCAAUUCUUUAUAGUUGUUCAUUUGAUUAAAAUUAUAAUCCAAAAAUUUAAAGGAAUGUGAAAUAUAAUGAAUCUUCUAACAACAUUCAAACUUACUGUAUACAUCUCUGUCUGGUUAGUCAAAAACAUGUUUUCCAGACAUAUUUUUACAAGGCUAGAUUAUAUACAGAAGUCCCCUCUUAUGAAGACUAGUUUCUAUAUACUGUACAGUAUAUAUAU